GGGGACCGGGUGGGAGAGAUCUCUCCGAUAGUGCGUUAUCCUCGCAACGGACCUGACCCUAACGCGAUCUCGAAAGCUCAGGACUCCGCUCACCUGCCUCAUGGCAGUCCCAGGUUGCAAUUUGUCUUCAGAGGUUUCUAACCUACAAACGGCAUGCUCCGGGGUUUGUUUUUGUCUGCUACUCCAGCUUACUGGAGAGUUCAGGAGCUGCAAAAACUUCCCAAGCCGCCUUUGUCAAGAUGUGUCUGACUCGGCAGACUCCUGUUGGCAGAUGUUUUUAAGAGAUAUUCCCGCCUCGAAUUUUGGAGAUUCACAGUGCACAGUACUUGGCCAUCGGUCUUUUCCUCAGGAUUUGCUGAUUUUCCACAGUGGUUGCAACAAGGACAAUGUCCGAGCAGGCUGCAAAAAAUGUGGCUACCCUGGUCAUCUGACUUUUGAGUGCCGCAAUUUUCUCCGGGUUGACCCCAAAAGGGACAUUGUGUUGGACGUCAGUAGCACAAGUAGUGAGGACAGCGAUGAAGAAAAUGAAGAACUGAACAAAUUGCAGGCUCUGCAGGAGAAAAGAAUAAAUGAAGAAGAGGAGAAGAAAAAGGAAAAAAGCAAGGAGAAAAUUAAAUUGAAGAAAAAGAGGAAAAGGUCUUAUUCCAGCUCCACCGAAGAGGACUCUUCAAAACAAAAGAAACAGAAGUAUCAGAAAAAAGAAAAGAAAAAAGAAAAAAAGAACAAAUCAAAAAAAGGAAAACAUCACAAAAAGGAAAAAAAGAAGAGAAAAAAGGAAAAACAUUCUUCCCCUGACCGUUCUGAAUUCACCAAAAAGUAACUGAAUCUCUGGCCUCUCUCAGGAAAUUGAAGAAUUCAAUAUUUUUAAUUAUUGUACCUUCCUUGAAAUUGCUACAUAAUUACGCUUUGCAGCAUAUCCCAGCCUCUUCCAUAAAGACAUUUUUCACAUUGGGACCCUUCUCUCUCUACCCAUUGGUAUUAAAUCCAUCUUGUUAAUUGGCACCCGUGGCUCAAGUGUAGAUACUUGUACACGCAAAGCACAUCCUUUUGGGUAUUUGUGUCUCUGUGUGUUAGGCUGGUGUUGUCACUUGCUAAGUUAACUGCCACAUGGCUUUACCGCAGUCAAACCAAGUAAUCUACACAGCAGCUACUAAAUGGCAUCCUUCCAGUGACGUUCUAGGUUGGUGGUAGUGGUUUGCUCUUGAUACUGAGAAGUUUAAUAGCUUUAUCUACUGUGUAAUGUAUAAAGAUAGUGAAGUCCUUCACUGUUGUUUUUAAAUCUCUCGACUUUUUAAAUAAUAUCAUUGAAGAUAAAACUGCUUUACUGAUCUUAUGUUUUUAAAUGAAUGGGAUCUAUUAAGAUAAUAAUGAAAGUAUUUGUAACAAGUGUCAAUGUUUUAUGAACUGCAUGUUCCUAGCACAUGCCUCCCAUGUUUUUUAUAACAAUUAAAAUAUCCCCUUUUUAAAGAGAGUCACUUAGCUUACUAGAAAGUCUGGCAGGGAGUCUCUGUGCUGGUCAGGACUAUUAGGUUGAUACACACAUGUGCCAUAUUGGCAUGUCUUACAGUGAUACCUCAAACACAGAACUUUUUGUGUGGAAACAGCAAAAUCGUCAUUAAAGCUGAUUUUUAUUAUAUCUAGUGUAUUUGAUGCUUACCAAAUGUGAGUGUUAUGGCAGUUUUUAUGAAUGCUUGCUUAUAUAUUUAUUUUUUCUGAAGUGCUUUUGAAGUGAGUUUCACCCUGAACUUAUGACUUCGUGGAGAGCCAUUGUUGAUAUUUCCUCCUUCAGUCACAAAUGGAAGCACUGCAAAAAAUAAAAAUAAAAUCAACAAUUUCAUUCUGUACUUUUUAAAAUAAAAGCCUUGAGGGCAGCAUCAUGAAAGCCUUUGUAUAAUAAUGAAAUUUAUAUAUAAAUAAGUGUUUUCAAUGACAUGCUAAUAGAUAAUUUCUUUCAUUUUAAUUUCAUGAUCAUCAGUGUAGUGUAUUUUAACAUCUAGUAUUCCCAAAUCCAAGAAGUUAACUUAUUAUGCUGUAAAAGCAUUAAACCAAUCUGCUAACUUGGAUCAGCAUCAGAGUUUCUAAGUACCUUGCUAUGGUGCAGUUAUAUAUCUUCAAAUUGGUAAGCAGAGAUGUGACUGCAGACAACUUUAUCAGGUAAGAACACUUGGUCUCGCAGGGUGGAGAGUUCUUCCCUUGCCCUGCACCCACACUUGCAUGCCCUAGUCAGACCUGGGGCUUCAUAGGUCCCAUACAUAUUCUCCCCUCGCCUCUGCUCAGGUUCCACAGAAGCUACACCCACACCCUUUCCAGCAUUGCUUCUAUGAAGCUUGCGCAUCUCCAGCUUUUCCACAAAGCAGUUACACUCUUGGCCCAUAAAAAAUUGUUUUGCUUAGAGUUUUGUCAGUUGUCAGGACUAAAGCACAGAACUUUUAGAUUUUCAAGGACUUGUUUGUCUACACCAAUUUUGUGAAAAUUCAGUUCUUUGGUUAUCUGAAUUAAUAAAAGUCAAUAAAAAUGAA